UUCCUCAUAAACAAAAUAUCACGUUUUAUGCUGAAUUAAUUACUAAGAUAUCAUCAUAUGCUUUAAAGAAGAUGCAUGAACAAUUUGAUAAAGUUUUACAUGCAACCCUUGUCAACCCUCUUGAAUCAUAUACUGGUACUUUCACUGUGACUAUGGGUCUUCCAUGCGUAUAUACUAUUCAGAAACGUCUUGCAAUGAACGAAUCAUUGAAGCUUGAAGAUAUUAAUCAACAUUGGUAG